AUGGUUCCUACCGUCGUUGCGGCAAGUAUGGGUAUCGGAAUUCUUUUCGGCGUUCUUUGGAUUGUGCCCCUUAUCGACACUCGAGGACGAAAAUUUGUGGCCGUUCACAUUCGCUGUGUUCUCGGGAUCAUAUCAUGCACACUACAAGCCUUGGCUGGUUGCUAUGAAAGCGCUGAACUUUUUGUGAUGGGACAACUUAUACUUGGAAUUUUGAUACCCAUUGACAUGGUGAUUAUUCCUAUUUUUGUGAUAGAAUGUGCUCCAGACCGACGGAGAGGAUUUGCUUCCGUGGUUCUUCAUAUGGGACGUAUGCUCGGAGUACUAUUGAUGUAUUGGAUGUGUUUGCCAAGAGUCUUGGGUACCUAUGAAAAAUGGUUCCUGAUACCAGCAAUAGGACUUCUGCUUUCUAUCCUACUGUAUGUGACAACUGCUGGUAUUCGUGAUUCACCAAAGUGGUUGACUGCUUGCGGAAGAAGAGCAGAAGCUAUGACAGCACUGCAAUACUACCAGGGACGCAAUGAAAAUCAAGAGGAACUAGCGAGAUCUCUAUCGUUGGAGUUCUACCUAACAACCGCAAAGAAUAUGAAUUUGAAAGCAGUCUGGAGAGAUGUUACCGUGAAAGAGGCGCUCAAAGUGAUCAUCGCCAUUCAAAUGAUGUUCACACUUUCGCCGAUAACAGUCGAAAGGGCAUAUUCUGUUAUCGUGCAUACGUCACUGGGAUUAACUGUGGAGCAGUCUCUAGUGCUGAGCUGGAUAAGCACUUUGCUCCUUUCUCCGCUCAUUCUUCUGAGCAGCUUUGCACUCGACAAAUUUGGUCGUCGCCCAGUGGUAUUCGUUGCAGCUACAAUACUUUUCAUGAAAACAGUCUUUAUGUUCACUGCGCAACUGUUGGUUUAUUUCACGUCGACAUCAUGGAUUACCCGUUAUGCAGCUGUAAUCAACGAGUUCUCAACAGACUUUGUAUUCUGCACAGGAGCGGGUACGGUGUCAUCCCUGUUAGUGGCAGAACUAGUCCCACCAGCUGCAAGAGUGGCAGUAGCUCAGGUGCUUCUAUUCGUUGCAUUGUUAUCAUCAGUGCCGAUAGCAACACCGUUUCCCAUUCUCAAUGCAGUAUUCGCUCCAGCUAUUUACGUGCCCAUGUUAUUAUGCCAACCAAUCAUUAUCGUAUAUCUUUUCAGGAACCUGCCCGAAACGAAACUUCUACCAGUAUCCGAUAAUGUACAUAACUUCGAGGAGGAAAUCCGAUCAAGAACGGAUACACUCCUUUCGGAAAAAACACCACUCAUCAAGUCCCGCUCGGGUACCGGCAGCUCAUUGGUACGCAGAACCAGUGAUUACGCAUCUCCCGAUCUCAUUUUCUAA